AAGCAUGAUUUCACGCUUGACCUCCAAGAAAAGAUGCAAAUCUUCGUGACAGAGACGCUAGAAGGCAGGACCAUCACUCUUGAGGUGGACAGCCUAGACACCAUUGACAAGGUGAAGGCCAAGAUCGAAAACACUGAGGGCUUCCCCAAGGUUCAGCAGUGCCUCAUCUUUGCCAACAAACAGCUGGAGGACGGCAAGUGCACCUUGGCUGACCACAACAUCUGUAAAGGGUCCACUCUUUUCCUCAUCCUCCUCCCGUGUAGCCCGGAUGUUGUGAUGCCAAUCUUCGUGAAGACGCCGCAAGGGAAGAUCCUCACCUUUAAGGCUGGGAGCUCGGACACCGUCAACAGUAUCAUGGUGAAGAUCUACGAGAAGAACGGCGUUCCCCCUAUACAGCAGCGCCUCGUCUUUGCUGGCAAGCAGCUGCAUGACGACCGCACCCUGGCAGACUACAAUAUUCAGAGCGAGGAUACCCUUCAUUUGGUGUUCCGCCAAUGUGAAAAGAUGCAAAUCUUUGUGACGGAAACGCUAGAAGGCAGGACCAUCACUCUCGAAGUCGACAGCCUAGACACCAUUGACAACGUGAAGGCCAAGAUCGAAGACAUUGGGGGCUUUCCCAAGGUCCAGCAGUGCCUCAUCUUUGCCAACAAGCAGCUGGAGGACGAAAAGCUCACCUUGGCCGACCACAACAUUUGUAAAGGGUCCACUCUUCUCCUUAUCCUCCUCCCAUGUAGUCCAACUUUUGUGAUGCAAGUAUUCGUGAAGAUGCCGCAAGGGAAGGUCCUCACCCUUCAAGUCGGGCAAUCGGAUACCAUCAACAGUGUCAACGUGAAGAUCUAUGAGAAGAACGGCGUUCCCCCUAGACAGCAGCGCAUCAUCUUUGCUGGCAAUCAGCUGGAGGACCACCGCACCCUGGCGGACUACAAGAUUUACAGCGACUCUACCCUUCAUUUGGUCAUUCGCCUCUUAUCCGGAAUGCAUAUCUUUGUGAAGACCCCCACCGGCAGGACAAUCUGCCUCAACGUCCACUCAUCAGACACCCUGUACACCGUCAAGGCAAAGAUCCAGCAGCAGUACCGCCUCUCCUUCGAUGGGGUGCAGCUAGAAGACAACCAUACAUUGGCCGAUUAUGGCAUCCAGCAUGACUCUACGAUUGACCUCCGGGAAAAGAUGCAAAUCUACGUGACGGAGACGCGUGCUGGCAGGACUAUCAUCCUUGAGGUCGACAGCCUAGACACCAUCGGUAACGUGAAGUCCAAGAUCGAGGAUAUGGAGGGCUUUCCGAAGGGUCAGCAAUGCCUCAUCUUCGCUAACAAACAGCUGGAGGACGACAACCGCAGCUUGGCUGACCACAACAUCUGGAAGGAGUCCACCCUCCUCCUCGUCCUCCGGACGUGUAGGCCUGGAGAAAGUAGGAUGAUGCACAUCUUUGUCAAGACUCUGGAAGGGAAGACCCUCAACCUUGAGGUUGAGAGCUCGUAUACCAUCGAGAAUGUCAAGGUGAAGAUCUACGAGCAGGACGGCACUUGCCCUAUGCAGCAGCGCAUCAUCUUUGCUGGCAAGCAUCUGCAGGACGACCUCACCCUGGCGGACUACAACAUUCAGAGAGAAUCUACCCUUCAUCUUGUUCUCCGAGACUCAUCCGGAAUGCGUAUCUUUGUGAAGACCCCCACCGGCAGCACAAUCUGCCUCAAGGUCCACUCAUCAGACACUCUGUACACUGUCAAGGCAAAGAUCCAGCAGCAGUACCGCCUCUUCUUCGAUGGGGUGCAGCUAGAGGACAACCGUACAUUGGCCGAUUAUGGCAUCCAGCAUGACUCUACAAUUGACCUCCAGGAAAAGAUGCAAAUCUACGUGACAGAGACGCGGGCAGGCAGGAUCAUCACCCUUGAGGUUGACAGCCUAGACACCAUUAGUAACGUGAAGUCCAAGAUCCAGGACAUGGAGGGCUUUCCCAAGGGCCAGCAGUGCCUCAUCUUUGCCAACAAGCAACUGGAGGACGACAAGCGCACCUUGGCUGACCACAACAUCUGGAAGGAGUCCACCCUCCUCCUCGUCCUCCGCCCCUGUAGGCCAGGAGCAAGUAGGAUGAUGCACAUCUUUGUCAAGCCUCUGAAAGGGAAGACCCUCACCCUUGAGGUUGAGAGCUCGUAUACCAUCGACAAUGUCAAGGUGAAGAUCUACGAGCAGAAAGGCACUCCCCCUAUGGAGCAGCGCCUCAUCUUUGGUGGCAAGCAGCUGGAGGACGGCCGCACCCUGGCGGACUACAACAUUCAGAGCAAAAACACCGUUCAUUUGGUGUACCGCCUUUGUGGUUGCUGAGCUGCAUGGCCUGCCAUUCAGUAACUAGUUUUAUUUUGCUGGAGCCUUCCUUCGAGUAGUAGUGCAUUGUCACUAAACUAUCAUUCUAGUACUGUCCGUUAGUAUAUAUGCGCCAGUAUUGUUCCUUCACAAUAGAAGCGUAUCAUUUAGUAUAGUAUGUCAAUGUCUCGAGUAGUUCUUUUUAGUAUCUAUCAAGAGUCCCUGGGUCUGUAUUGUCCUCAGUUGAUUGAGAAUACAGUUUGUAUGCAGUUUGAUUGACCGACAAAA